AUGGAUGCGGGGGGGAGGGGAGGGGACUGGAGAGAGAGGAGAAGGAACAUCAAGAGAGAGGAAGAGAAGAAAGCACUUGUACGCGAAAAGAGGAGAAAGAUAGUGGGGGAGAAACGCCAGCAGCUUGAGGUUCAAGGUGACUGCGGAAGCUCCCCAGAGAGCAGAGAGAGAAGAGUGAGUCACCCGAGAAACAGCAGGCUGACUCAGACCCCGAAAGUCGAGAGGAUGGGAGUUGAAGGCCAGUUCGACGUCCCGAUUUCGCGAAUUUCGAACUCCACUCCGCGCGAAAAAGCUUCUGGGGCUUCGCUGUCUGAAUCGCAAAGAAGUCGAAAAGUCGCGGAAACAUCGAGAGGGUCGCAAAGAAGUCAAGAAGCCGCCGGGACAGUCUCUUUCUCUCCGGGCACGCGCGCGUCUCCCCAACAGCGCUGGGGUUGUCCGCUGAGGGGAACCGCGCGGAAGAAGGGAGCGAAGUAAACGGAGAACUCGCUUUUUUCGUUUCCAGAAAAUGCACACAGAGACAGGCGGCGCAGAAAAAGCAGAAAAGGAGACACAAAGGAUCUCCUCUCAGCGCCUCCGGGCGCGCCCCCGCGCGCGUGGUACGUACGUCGAGCGGCGAGUCUUCUGUGGGAUGCGAGAGCCCGCCAGAGCUCCAGGCUCAAGAGCAGGUGGAGCAUGGCGAGCACAGCAACUUCGUCCUCUUUCCUGAUCGUCUCUACAAAACGCCGCAGAGGUGUCAGGAGCAAAGAACAGAGUGCAAAAACAGCUCCAGUCAGACCGCAGUCAGCGAAGUGACCGAGAGAGAGAGGAGGGCGAACGUCGAAGCUCGCGAGUCUUUCAUCCA